GCCGGGUUCGGCCCGCGGCUCUUGCCCGGAGCUCCUUCCCAGGGCUCUCCGCCGGGGAUUUUUCCCGAGGCUCUCUGCCAGGGCUCUCGGAGGACUCGGCGGUGGCCGCGGUCGCUGCGAGGCGGCAGCGAGACACCUCCGCCAUGGCGGGCGGAGGCACCGCCGACUGCGGGCUGCAGGAUGAGCUACAGGAAGCAAUUUCUGAUUAUGCAACAAGCAAGGAAAAAGAUGAAUAUCCAGAUGACUUUGAAAGUGAUGAAGAUGGCAUGUUCAACGGUAUUGGGAAAGAACUUGCUGAAAGUAAUUCAGGUUCUACAAGCACUGGGAGAUCUGUUGCUGGGAGUCCUCUCUUGAAUGAUGAUGCUUUACAAAAAGCAGUAGAUUUGGAAAAAGAAGCUGCUGAUGACUUGAGUUUAUCCUUUCAUGAAAAGAAGCUUCAGCAAAUAAUGGUUUUAGAAGAUCAAGAUCAGAAGACUGUCAGUGACUUGAAACUGAAGGACAAUGGUAGGAAAUCCCCUUCUGUUGACAGUUCAGAUGGAAUGAUGAAAAUAACAGAAGAGCAAAAAAUAGCUGAUACAAUGCAGGAGGUGUCAGUGAAUGAUCAGUCUGAGCAUGGGGAGGCAAAAAACACAUCCAAGAACUCUGUCAAGAAACUAAGUGAAACAAAGGAGAGAGUUCUACAAAACCCAAAGGCUUCAUUAUCUGACAGGUCUACAACUUUUGUGCAUUUAAAGAGAAAGGGGAAAGCUGUUCCAUCAACUUCACCUGUUUCAUCUCAGUAUCUGGGAUCUUUGAAGGUGUUGGAGGAUAAAUGCGUGCAGAAGAAAAGUCCAGAAUUCAACAAAGUAGAUGAUUUAAGGGCAGCUGUUUAUCAGAACUGGUUGGAAAGGAAAAAGCUCCUUCUACUGGAAUUAAAGAGAAGUGAAAAGGAAAAAGCUGAAAUUCUAAGGAGCAAUACUGAAAAGAAAGAAGCACUUAAAAGGGAAGAAUCAAUUGCAUGUUACGAAGCCUGGAAAAAAAAGAAAGAGAAAGAAGCAAGGAAGUUAAGCGAAAAAAAAAAGCUUGAGGAACUUGAGGAAAAGAAACCAGCAGAACAGAAUAAGGAAAAAACAGAAGCAGCACAAGCGGCAUUCAAAAAAUGGAAAGAAAGAAAAGUGGAAUAUUUAAGAGAGCAAAGCAGGAAGGAAAAACAGUCUGAAAGAAUGAGGAAGAAGAUAGAAGAGGACCUCGUUGCAGAGAAGAGGAGAGUCAGUGUAUCAGCAGUUGAAAAAUGGAAUGAAAAGAAGGAAGAAUAUAUAAAAAAGAAGAAAGUAGAAAAGUUCCUAGAGAAAAGAAAGCGAGAAAUGCAACAGGCAAAGAAGGAAGAAAAAAGUGAAAAGGCUAUGGAGGAGUAUGAAAGAUGGCUGGAAAACAAAAUGAGGAGAGAACAGCUUGAGAAGUACCAGAAGAAGAUGCAGGCUGUCCAUUGGAAUGAAAUGAGUCCUCCCUGGAGACCACCUGGCAAAGUCACGUAUUCUAGUAAUUACUAAGCAGUUUAUUGCCUUCCCGAAGAACAGAUAGUUUACAAAGUUCUCUCAAUAGCUAGUAGCUCUUCUGUUAUCAGCUGAUUUUCACUGAAGCCAUUAUAGGUGUUAAAUUACUUCUUUUUAGUUUAUUUGAUAUCUGCAGUUUAAAUAAACCUGUUACUCCUUUGCAUUGCUUUAGAAAAUGUAAUAAUUUUUCUAAUUCCACAUUUAAAUUAGUUUUGCUAAAUUCCAUGUUAUGUCAUACCUUUUUGGUGAAAAUUUAUA